GUAAUAGCAGGUACAAAGUUUUCAGUGGGCAUUAUCUUUUGUAGCUUAAUCAUUGUGAGCAGCGCUACAAGUAGAAUUUGGAAGAUAGAAAGAAGAAUUGCUCGAAGCUUUAUCAUUGUGCUACAACUAUGUCUGGCUACCCACAUAACCCUUAUGGAGCUGCCCCGCCAAAUAAUUAUGGCGGACCUCCUCCUCCGAACCAGUAUGGCGGACCUCCUCCUCCAAACCAGCACGGAGCCCCUCCACCAAACCAGUAUGGAGCUCCUCCCCCAAAUCCAUAUGGAGGUUCCGCUCCUCCUCCCUCUGGGCAAUACGGACAAACCCCGUAUGGACAGGGCACUCCCUAUCAAACCCAAUCAUACCCCACUGCCCCACCUUAUGGAAACCCCACUGCUCCUACAUAUGGGUAUCCACCUACUCAACAACAGCCAUUGUUUGCACCAGGCACAGACCCGGAGAUCAUAAGGGCCUUUCAAGCUUAUGAUCAAGAUGGCAGUGGAUUCAUUGAUGACAAGGAGUUGCAGAAAGCUCUCUCCACAGCCGCUCAGUCGUACAGCAUCAGGACAGUUCACCUUCUCAUGUUUAACUACAACAGCAAUUCCACUAGAAUAGGGCCAAAAGAGUUCACAGCCUUGUGGCAUGAUCUCCAGGCAUGGCGGUCAAUCUUUGAGACAUUUGAUAGAGAUCGUAGUGGGAAGAUUGACACCAUGGAACUUCGGGAUGCGCUUCUCAGAUUGGGAUAUUCAGUAUCACCGCCAGUUUUACAGCUUCUGCUUACAAAAUAUGACAGAACAGGCCAAGGCAGGGGAAUUGAUUACGACAGCUUCAUCGAGUGUGCCGUAAUUGUGAAGGGGCUUACUGAAAAGUUCAAGGAGAAAGACAAAAAGUAUACUGGCACAGCCACUCUGACCUAUGAAGAGUUCAUGCUCACGGUUUUACCCUUCAUUGUUGCAUAGGGAGUUCUGUGCUGGAACAGGGUCUUGCCGAAGUGUGCCACUUGCUUUUGACCGUUUUAAGAUAUUGCCCACAGGGGUGUGCCUUGAAUGAAUAUUUGGUUUGGUGAUGAUAUUUGUUAAGAAUGUUUACAAAAAAUUGCAUAUCUAACGAGCCUCUAAAAUAGUCAUGAUCUUAUCUUUGCUUUGACCUACCCAAAGGACUCAAUUUGUAAAACAUAUUUGCAGUAUGACACUAAGCUGGAAUAGUAUCCAUUUGUUCUCCAGAGUCCAAGCCAGGGUGUUUGGUGUUUGAUAUUGUUCAGUGUGAUUGAAUAAAGUCAGAUUUGCUUGAAAUCGGAUUGCAUUUAGCUCUAAAAUGUAGAGAUGUGUUGUUUUGAUGGAAAAAGGCCUUAGUAUCUGUAAGUAGGGCAGAAAUAUAUCUCAUGUAUGAUGUUCCCAGAGGAUAAUGGAAAAACUUUUAUGCUA